GGGACGCGGAGCGCCAACCCAGCGGCGCCGGCUUCUUCGCGCAGCACCUCCGGCUCCGGGAGCAGGGCGGCUCUCUCGUCCCUCGCCCGCCCGGGAUGCUCCGUGGCCCGCUGGCAGGCAUGGCACCCCCGGAGCAUCCCAUCUCUCCGGUGCCAAGGGGGCUGCUGCUGCUGCUCUGGUGGAGCUUGGUUCUGACUUGGCCUGGCGAAGGAUCCCAGCGCAGUGAGCCCAUGUUCACAGCCGUCACGGACCAUGUCCUCCCCCCUGACUAUGACAGCAACCCCACGCAGCUCAAUUACGGUGUGGCUGUGACUGAUGUGGACCAGGACGGAGACUUCGAGAUUAUCGUGGCUGGGUACAACGGGCCCAACUUGGUGCUGAAGUACGACAAGGCACGGAGGCGGCUGGUAAACCUUGCAGUGGAUGAGCAGAGCUCUCCGUACCACGCACUGCGGGAUCGUCAAGGCAAUGCAAUUGGUGUGGCUGCAUGUGACAUAGAUGGAGAUGGGCGGGAAGAGAUCUACUUCCUCAACACCAAUAAUGCCUUCUCUGGUGUAGCCACCUACACAGACAAGCUGUUCAAGUUCCGCAAUGGGCGCUGGGAGGACAUCUUGAGUGACGAGGUGAAUCGGGGUGUGGCCAGCCGGUUUGCUGGGCGCUCGGUGGCAUGCGUGGACAGGACGGGGUCUGGCCGCUACUCCAUCUACAUUGCUAACUAUGCCAAUGGAAGAGUUGGCCCCCAUGCCCUCAUCGAGAUGGACACAGCUGCCAGUGACCCCAAGCGUGGCAUUGUGGCUCUGAAUGAUGUGGCUGCGGAUGCUGGUGUCAACAAAUUGACAGGGGGUCGCGGUGUGGCUGUGGGGCCCAUCCUGAGCGACGCAGCCUCAGACAUAUUUUGUGACAAUGAAAAUGGGGCUAACUUCCUCUUCCAGAACCAGGGUGACGGGACCUUCAUAGAUGUGGCAUCAAGUACCGGCCUGGAUGACCCCUACCAGCAUGGCCGUGGCGUGGCACUGGCUGACUUCAACCGUGAUGGGAAAGUUGACAUAAUCUAUGGCAACUGGAAUGGACCACACCGGCUCUAUCUGCAGAUGAGUGUGGGUGGGCGGGUCCGCUUCCGGGACAUUGCCACGCCCAAACUGUCCAUGCCAUCACCUGUCCGCACCGUCAUCGCUGCUGACUUUGACAAUGACCAGGAGUUGGAGGUCUUCUUCAACAACAUCGCCUAUCGUGGCUCGUCUGCCAACCGCCUCUUCCGGAUUUCCCGCAGAGAACAUGCUGACCCUGCCAUUGAAGAACUGAGCCCUGGUGAUGCCUUGGAGCUGGAAGGGCGUGGUACAGGGGGUGCGGUGGUGGAUUUUGAUGGCGAUGGAAGGCUAGAUCUGAUUUUGUCCCAUGGCGAGUCUAUGGCACAGCCACUAUCAGUCUUCAGGGUCAAUCAGGGUGCUGGAAACAACUGGCUAAGAGUGAUCCCACGUACACUGCAUGGAGCAUUUGCUCGUGGUGCAAAGGUGGUGCUCUUCACACGACACAGUGGUGCCCACCUGCGCAUCAUUGACGGAGGGUCUGGGUACUUGUGUGAGAUGGAGCCUGUUGCCCAUUUUGGCUUGGGACAGGAUGAGCCCAGCAGCUUGGAAGUGACCUGGCCAGAUGGCAGAGUUAUCAGCCGCGCCGUAGUGAAGAGUGAGACCAAUUCUGUGCUGGAAAUUCCCUACCCCCAGGACACAAAGGGUUCACCUCCUAUUGUACUUCCACUUGAAUGUGGCCAAGGAUUUGCUCAGCAUGAGAACGGACGCUGUGUUGAUAUGGAUGAGUGUGUCGAGUUUCCCUUUGUCUGCCCACGAGACCGGCCCAUCUGCAUCAACGUAUAUGGCGGGUACCGUUGCCGAAGCAACAAGCGUUGCAACAGAGGUUUUGAGCCCAAUGAGGAUGGUACAGCUUGUGUUGCCCGACUGGACCGGGAUUCGCCUCUCAUCGAGUUUUACCAGAAUGUGUCUGCAGUUUGAACCCGCUCAGUCUUCCAGAUGAAGCAUCGCCCUUCCCUCUACCCAAUAAACUCGACACUGUCUAUAAGCACCUGCUUGCAGCUAUGCUUUGGAUGUGGGUGGGGAUGGGGACAGCUUAAACUGAGCAGGUGAAAGUAGGCUACAACAAGGGGACUCAAAGCUGUGUGCUGCCCCCACUCCCUUCCACGAGGACUGCCGAGGGCAGUGACAGCCCUAAGUGAUUACCAGGCUGAGGACUUCUUAUGCAGCAGGAGUAUUCCCGUGAAUCUUUGGCUACAGGGGAAGCAAACAUGUUUUAUAAGACGGCUGCCAUUUGCCUCCCAGCACUCCCUGCCCCCCAUCCAAAGUGAUUUGGUGCUGUUCUGCCUCGAAAUAGCCAGGUGGCUGGCCCAAUCUUCCUUAUGCAAACAUCUCUAAUAGAGUCCCAAGCCCUUCUAGUGUAUUCCAAGCACACAGCAGGGCAGAAGAAAAUGCUCCAUACCAAAGAUUGUCCCAAGGCAAAAGUAAGGGCUGCUUUUCAUUUUACAUUGCAAGCGUGUUUAAAAUAGGGUCAUUUUGUGCGGCACAAUGAACACCCACUAACUUUGAACGGGGAUGCAUGCUUGUAGACACACAAUGGACAUGGUUGUGGCAUGAUUGUGAUUUCCAAAUAUGUGUCCAAUUUGUGCUUACAGGUAUGUGUUUCCUGUUCGAACACGACGGUGUUCCCCACUUAGACAUGCUGAAAAAUAGGACUGCACUAUGUUAAUCAUGCUGAAAAAUAGAAAUGCACUAUGUUAAUCAUGAGGGAGCCCUAAGUUUAGCCAGACAAGUUGAACAUCCAAAGCAGAUGACUGUUUCAUAAGCUGAAGGAAAGGGGAGAGGUAGAAUGAGAGUGAAAAUUCUGCAGCUGUCAGCCUUCCUCAAACAGAAAAAUUCCUUUCAAAACCCUGAUAUAAUCUGUUGGCCCAUAUGUUUACAGGAAAUACUUGCCCCAAGCUUUAUCCAUUUCUUUAGCCAAAAUUAGUAAGUCAUUCUGUGGUGUCUUCAAGGAAAAGAAAAGUCGCUCAGAUUCUUCAGGGGGCAGCAAUUCCUUCCUGACUACUCCUGGCCAUUGUUGAGACUUCAGAUUAUGCUUAUCAUUCAAAGCUCUUCAUACAUUUAUCUGGCUCAGCUGUGAUUAAUGAUAUAUUACUGUUUCCCUCAACCGUUCUAGAGACACACUUUCAAAGUUUCUCUCCCCUGGUGCUUAUAAAUCUUCAUCUUUGAGUGUCUCAUGGUAGAAAAGUGGGUUAUAUAUCUAAAUAUAUGUACAAUAUGAUAUGCAUACUCUCAGCUGUACGCUAAAUGUAUUAACAGAGAUCAAGACCCACUUGCUCUUAUACACCCUUGGAUGGAAACGGUCCUCUUCCUGGUGCGACAUGGAGUCAAAUCAAAGCAUUACAGCCUCUUUGGGUGUACCUAUCGAGUAUUCUGUUUUUUGUGUCUGCCAGUUUUUCUUGGA